GUCCACCGCAGAUGAGUUUCUGCCUUAAACACCGCUCAAUAAUAAAUCCCAAUCUUGCUUCCGCCGUCUGUCUCGUAUUUCGCGCUUCAAUGUCCGCUUCAUCGCCGACGCCGCCGACGCCAACGCCGUCGAUGCCGACAAGUCUAAUCGAUCUCGAUGUGGACUCGCUGUCCCACUGCCUCGCCCACCUAAGCCUCCGCGACGUCUCCGCCUUGGCUAUGACAUGCACCUCCCUCAAGCGCCUUUCCUACUCCGACUCCGUUUGGCUUCGCUUCUUUAGGGAGCAUUGGUGUCUAGAAGUACCUUGGAGCUCUUUGAAUACCCGUGGAGCGAGGGAUUUGUACCUGGCUAGGCGCAGCGCAUUACUGCAGUUCAAGUUCCUUGAUCCCGUAUCUCUUCAAGUUUAUAGACAUACUAGUUCUAGAUCAAACUUCAACCAUUUGCUUCUUCACAAAAACCACAUCUUCUCAGCACGGGGUUCAACCAUAGAAAUGAUAGAUUUGGAUAGGGAUGAUGCGGGAUCAGAAGAUGCUAACAUUUUGUUCAGUGGUCAUAGAGCAAGAAUCACCUGUAUGAGGUUAUUUCCCCUUAACGGAGUGUUUACAUCUUGUGGAGAAACAGAAGGGGAGCAAAAGUUUUUGGUUACCUCAAGUUAUGAUCAUUCCAUACGCUUGUGGGGGAAGAAGGGUUCUUGUCUGCGAUGUAUGAGAGGUCACAAUGGGCCAGUGUUGUCACUAUCAGAUAAACUAUUGGGAGAUGAUACCUGCAAAGUAUUGGCAAGUGGAGGAGAAGAUGGUACUGUUCGACUAUGGUCCCUUAGUUCAAGUGGAAAACAGAGACAACAAUCUUUGAAAGCUACACUAUAUGGGCACGAGAAACCUGUAGAGUUGAUGUUGGUUGCUGGGCACAAAACUUCACUUUUGGUGACCAUCUCAAGAGAUGCUAAGGUGAGGGUCUGGGAUACGACUACGUCUUCUUCUGCUCGAUCAUCCUGUUGUGUGGGAAUGACUACUCUUCGUGGGGCACCUGUGAACAUGAAAUGCCAUGAAUCGCUACUGUAUGUGGCAGCUGGUUCCUCUGUCACUGCAGUUGAUUUAAGAACAAUGCAGAAAGUUAUGACUGCAGCUGUGCAUCAACCGAAGCUUUAUUCAUUUGAUAUUGUACCAUCAAAAUCUUUACUAUGCACUGGUGGUGAUGGCAGAGCAAUGCUCUGGGAUAUUAGGAGAAAUCAAGAAGCAUGGAACCCAGAUCCAGUUGCUGAGUUGGAUGGACAUUGUGGGCAAGUGACACUGUUGCACAUGGAUCCAUACAAAGUGGUUACUGGGGGUCCUCAUGAUGAGUAUGUCAAUGUAUGGGAAUCUGACACCGGUGUUCAUGCAAAUUCCUUGUUUUGCUGUAAUGAUGAGAAAGAGGUUCCCGAAUUUGGCUGUGAUACCAUGGCUGUAGAUGGGCUUAGAAUUGUCACUGCCACCAUUUGUGAUAAUGCCACUAUUUUGCGCUAUAGGGACUUCACGUAUGCUACCAAUCCUGUAGCAAAACCAGAAAAUGAUCCACCUUCGAAGUUUUGGUUCUCUCUUUCUGGUGAUUACAGUGAUGACAACAACUCAUGAUUUAGGUAGUUCAUGGCUGUCUUACAUAUUCAUUUAUCUGCUUCUGAUGGUUUAUUCGGCCGGUUCAUUAGGGAGCCAUCCAUUUAUGGUCUGCUCAAAUUCAUGUAGUUGGCAUGGUUGAGGACAUGUAUAAGUGGCCUGGCCGUGCGAACCGUCACCGAGGAUGCAAUGCGAAUGGUGGAGGGAUGUGACAGAGCAAGUAAUUUUGCUGAGACUCGUUGUUUUUGAAACUAGGUUACUAAUACAAAUCUUGUGUUAUGAAUAUUCGUUUGUUCUUUUAUGAAUCUACUAGACCUAGAUAUCGAGGAUCAUGUCAUUCUUGUCUUACAAAAGUAUUCUUACAAUUAUUUUCUUUA